GUUCAUUUGUCAUUUUCGGGUGGUGUUUUGCAUAUUUUUUCAUUUCUGCUGAUAAAAACACCUAAAAGUGAUUCAUUUUUGUUAAAAAACAUUAAACAAUUAUAAAAUAUCAAAAAAAUAUUACUUUUUAAUAAUUUAUACGUAAAGUAACAACAAUGGCUGCAACUUUGAAACCAUAUCUGACUGCUGUACGCCACUCCUUAACGGCCGCAAUGUGUUUACAAGACUUUGCCUCGCAGGUGGUGGAGAGACACAACAAACCCGAGGUUGAGGUAUGUUCCAGCAAGGAAUUGAUUUUAACACCAGUCGUCAUAUCCCGCAAUGAAAGAGAACGUGUGCUCAUUGAACCCUCCAUCAAUUCGGUGCGUGUCAGUAUUGCCGUCAAGCAGGCCGAUGAAAUUGAAAAGAUUCUAUGUCACAAAUUCACCCGUUUCAUGAUGCGUCGUGCCGAAUCGUUUAUUAUCUUGAGACGCAAACCUAUUGAUGGCUAUGAUAUUAGCUUUUUGAUUACCAAUUUCCAUACGGAGCAGAUGUACAAACAUAAACUGGUGGAUUUUGUCAUUAGUUUUAUGGAGGAAAUCGAUAAGGAAAUAAGUGAAAUGAAGUUGGCUGUCAAUGCCCGCGCACGUACUUGUGCUGAGGAAUUCCUUAAGAGAUUUUAAGAUGAUGAAUGAUUGUCAGUUGCAGUGUGGGUAGAGCUUCCUAAGGAUGUGCUCAAAGUUUAAAGUAUUCCGGUUUUUUAGUUUUUUUUUUAUUUUAUAAAUGUUUUAUUACUAUUUUAAAAAGAAAAGUUGUUUGAGGAAAACCAAAUGAAAUAAAUUAGAAUUAAUUAACUUUUCGUAAAGCAGACAGUGUUUUAAAACAUACAAAUGAUGUUUGGAUAUAAAAUUAUACAAAAUUGCAAUAAACGUACUAUUCCAAUAUUAUAGGAUUUCGUAAAACUUAAUAAACAA